GCCACACGCAUACGCGAUCGUUCCUGCGAUAGGGUUUGAAUCUCCAGUGGCGAGAGAGCGAGUGCCGCGUGCCGCGCUGAGAGGGUAGACUUUGAGAGACUAGCGUACGAACGACGCGUCGACGACGACGACGACGACGGCGAUCGUUGACAGCGGCAUCGCGUAUACCGCGCACACUACCGUUUCCGAUGCGUGCGACGCGCUCGUUCUGAGGACGUUCCCGUCCGCGUCGCCCGACAACAACGCGUGCGGGCUCUUCGCCACGGCUGUAUGCCCGAGUGACCAGUCGCGCGGCCACGACUUUCUCCAACCUGGUUACGGCGGCGACGGCGGCGCGCGAUCGGCCGGCCCCGGGAAGCAAGCAGGCGCGCGAUCAUUCGCCACGUCGUCCUCCCCGUCCUCGUCGCCGUCGGCGACGACGCCGUGUGAAGGAGGCCCUCCGCCGUCGCGCAGUUGAGCUCCUUGAGACGGAAUGGGUAGCAGCGGCCAACUCUACAGUCUGUCCUGGGGAGAGUUCAACUCCUCUCUGGCGUCUGCGGUGCAGGUGUUGAGGGGACACGGCGAUCUGGUGGACGUUACCUUGGCCGCCGGCGGACGCAGCUUCCCCGCGCACAAGAUCGUUCUCUGCGCGGCCAGUCCGUUCCUGUUGGACUUGUUGAAGAGCACGCCAUGCCAGCAUCCGGUGGUUAUGCUGGCGGGAAUCGGAGCGGAUGACUUGGAGUCUCUGCUGGAAUUCGUGUACCGUGGAGAAGUGAGCGUCGAGCCGGCGCAGUUGCCCUCCCUGCUUCAGGCUGCCCAUUGUCUGUGCAUCCACGGACUGACGCCGCCGACUAUACUAACGGAGAGCGGAGAAGAAGUUCCUGCGUCUGCGAUACCAACGGCGACGAACGAUGGCUUAUCGAGGUCGACGGGCAACUCGUAUUAUCCGCUGAAACGAAGAAAAAAGAGGAGGAAGUCGUCGACGUCCUCCGGAAAGUGGCAAUGUACUAGUAAUACGACUGACAGCGAAAGUAGGCCUUUGGACGACAACAGAACGAUGCCUUACGAGAGCAAGGACGACGACACCAUGGAUCAAACCGAUGAUGCAGCGGGCAACUGCCUGGUCGGAAACUACGCGAACAACCAUCAGGGCGGCAGUCAUUCACCGCGACUUCAAGAGUCGCCCGUCGCGGACAGUCAUCAGGCGCAUCAGGAUCACGUUUCGGACGGUGAAACGCGCAGCCUGCACACGUUAAAGCCGGUGCAGUUGCACAUACCGUUCCACAGCGCCCUGGGCUUUGCGUCCGGUCUGUCGUUGACCAGCUUGGCGGCCCAAGCUCAGACGGCGUCGUCCGGUGCGCUGGCCGGCGGCGCGAAUCAGUCGAAGGCGCGCGGCGCGUCCGACUGCCCGGGCGUUUGCCCGCUUUGCGGCGCGACUCUGCGCCAGGCGAGGAAUUUACGCAGGCACCUAUUGUCCUCGUGCAAGUACCGGUUCACCAACUCCUCGGCCGCCGCGAUGGCGACGGCGCACAAUUCCGACACGGACGUCGUCGUCAAGCAGGAAGUCGAGAUACCGGGCUACGAUCAGUCGGUGAUGUACGGGACCGACAGCGGCAGUAACGACUGCGAACAGAUAGUCUGCAAUCCCAGCUUACCCUCGCCGACGUCGCACGAGCCUGAGAGCGCGAGGUCGUCGCCGGCCAGCAUCCCGUCGCCGACGAUCGCCAGAUAAAUGUACAGGGAAACGGACUCACCGGGAGUAUCGAGACGAAUUUUGUGUCAGUUUUGUAAUUAAUUUUCUUGCGGAUUCCGUUUUCCGAUUGCCGAUUGUGUUACAGUGAAAGCGAUACUCGUGGUGGUGAGUGUGGUAACUGUGUGGUUGCGACGGUAAAAGAACAGAGAGGAGAGAUGAAAGAUAUUUUGCUUGUAUAUUUACAUGAACAUUUAUACGAUGACGGUUAUUUGUAAUCAUUGGCGUACGCGUUAUUUAACUAGGUCGAAAAUUCGGAAAUUUGCGCGUUUAGUUUUGUACGAGAGAAUCUUCCAUGUUAGUGUAUAAGAUAGUACCGUAGGGUUAAUCGAUGCAGGUUUAAGUAUAAUCUGCGACAGAUGUAGCGAGCCUUGAGCCAUCAAUUGAUCGGACAAAUGCGAGAAUAUUCGAUUGUUAUUGGACAAAGUGGCUUAGGGCCUUACUGCACCUGCUGCAGAUCGGGGCUAAUGAGGGGAGUCCUAUCGUGAAAUUAUCAUUAUUCUUUUACCAUCGACUAACACGAUAAUCGAGGUUUCGUGCGAUUGUGCAAUUCAACUUCGUCCACUGCGUUUUUUUCUUACUGCCUUUUUAAUUCCCUCCCUCCCCCCCCCCCUUUCCCUCCUUCACCGUAGAUUGGUCUAAUAGCAGUACGUUUCUAAGAAUACGGGCUACCGUUUACGAGAAUACCAUUUUAUAAUGAAAACCGAGGAUCUUCCAACAGUCACAAAGUGAAAAUAAAAAAAAAAACAAGAUAACUGAUCGGCGCACAUUCCUAUUUUAUAAUGGCAGGCUCUGCCGCGUGCGUGGACUGUUGACAAUAGUACAUACACAAAACCACUAGUAUUUGAAUUGAGAAAGAAAUAAGAUAACGGGUAUAAUGAUGUACUAUCCAGUUUCUUUUCUUUUUCAAUAAAGCGUAAAUAAAGUGAGA